AUGUAUCCACUUGCCGAUACGAACCAUGGAUCUAAUCAACUUGCUGCUAAUGAAUCCAACAUCGAAUUUCCACCAGUUGUAAACAUGCGAAAGAUAGAUUCCUAUAAAACGUUUCCUCCAGAAAUUAUUUUCCACAUUCUAAACUUUGUCAUUAAAGAUCAAGCUAACACGGAAGCAUUGAUUUUGCGUUGCAUGCGCUGGAGACAACUUGGAAGAGAUGCUUGUCGUAUCAUUCAGGAACAAGUUCGAGUGUUGGAUGUUUCAUCAUUAUUUACCAAAUACUUGAAAUUAGAGGAGAAGAAGAAACCAAUCAAGGAAGCGAUGGAAAUAUUGAAACAUCAAUUCCAUGAAGCCUCUGAGAAGAAGACUUUGAAAAAUUUAGAAUUUGAAAAGAGAGAACAACAUGUUGUGAAAUAUUUGGCAAAUAUUGUAAAAUGUUUUCCAAAUCUUGAAAUUUUGAAUUUGAAUUAUUGUGAAAGUCUAAAUAAUGAAUUAUUGAAAAUUCUAUUGCAUGGUCUUCCCAAAUUGAGAGAAAUUUCAUUACUCAAUUGUUUCAAUAUUACUGAAUUUAAUUGUCCUCAAUUUAAUUUCAGAAAAAUCUCUGUAGAGAACAAUGUCUUAUUGCGAUGUAACAUCUUACGACAAAUACGAAUCAACCAAUGUGAAGACACACAAAUUCUGGACGUGAAUCAAUCAUUCAAAGUGUACAUUAAGAAUUUACUUGGUAAAACAAUGGAACUCUACAUCACCAAUCAAGACACCGUUUACGAUGUGAAACGAUUGUAUGGUGCCCUCACAGAUAUUCCAGCAGAUUCUCAAAGAUAUAUUUUCGCUGGUAAGAGAUUAUGUGAUGAACACACUUUGGAAUAUUAUGGAGUUCAGAAAGAAAGUACUUUGCAUGUUGUGCUUCGAUUGAGAGGAGGUCAGAAUGCAUCAAUUACUUGUUCAUCUGUGGUACUACCAACUGUGAUGGAAAGGUCAUCAUCUCUUGAAAGGAUGAACACUUGCUCAAUUGUCCAUGAUAAAGUUGAGAGUGCUGAAACAUCGAGCAGUAACAUUGUCAUUCAACAGUUAUUAUUUGGAGAACAAUAUGGAUCUUCAUCAACAUUGAACGUUUAUGAAAUUGAUCAAAUGUUGGAUGAAGAAAUGUGUCACAGGAUUGUGAAAGAUAUUGUUCAAGGAAAGGUCAAACAUCAAGAAGAAGAUUACAAACUUCGAUCCAGUAAUUUGUUGUAUCAGUUGCAAACUCACAUUCAAAUGAAUAUUCUUCCUCAAAUCAAUUCAAGAAAGUUAUUCAUGAAUGAAAAGCCACUCAGUCGAAUUUCUGAUCUAUUUGUGGUUCAUUAUAGUCCAGAACAAGAUGAUGACCUUGUUUUACACAUUGAUGACUCUGUUGUGACCUUAAAUAUUUGUGUGGAAUGUGUGAAUUGUAUUGGUAGUGAAAUCGAAUUUCUCAAUUUGGAAGCCCAUCCACAUUUCAAUACUUUGGAUUGGAGAAGUGAAUUGGAUUUGUUGCACCAUUCUCUGGAAAAGCAAGAAUCUUCUGACACGAACAGUCAUUCUCAGCUUUUCUUGGCGUCAUUCAAUCAUUUGCAAUUUUAUCGAGUGACACCAAAGAAAGGAAAAGCCUUACUUCAUUCUGGAAGACAUCCUCACCAAACGUUGAAGAUUAAGAGCGGUGAACGAUUUAACAUUGUAUUUGGCAUAAUUAGAAAAGGUUUCACUUUAGAUCCUGUCAGUGGUGGUGGUCCCAUGAGUGGUCUCGUUGGAAGUGUCCUUCUUUUUGGUGGAGAUGGUUCUCAUGAAUCCUCCGUUGCAGCCACUUCCAAUAAUGUUUGGAUGAAACGUGAAAUUUCAAUCGCUAUUGCUGUCAUCAUUUUGACAUUUGUCGUUUUGAGUGUUGUGGUAUGGAUUGUUGCAGUUUGGAGAAGUGAUCAAACCUCAACAUUGAAUGCUUCUUCCAAGAAUCGACUCCCAAAGAUGAAACUAUUGUUUUAUAUUUGUGGUGUCGGAUGUCAAACCUUUGGUGUAUUUUUCUUGUACAUGUUUGCUGGAUAUUAA